ACUCUCUAUCAAAUUGAUCCGAAAAUCUCCACCCCAUCAACUCCACUCAGUCAAGAUGUCCAUGCGACUAACCAAAGGCCUCGCGGGUAAGCUUAUCCAUCCCCUGCGCUCCAAUAACCACCAUCAACUCUGCAAUGUUCCGAUGAAACUAAUAGCGGGGUCGAAACAUCUGUAGGAGCAACCCGCCUCCGCCCCACAGCCGCCCUCCUACCAAAGCUUGUUCCGGCAAUCAACGUCGCCACGACCCGUUGCCAAUCAACCGGAACCCCAGCGCCAGUGGACCCCAAGACCAAGGCCCAAUCCAUCCUCGAUGCUCUCCCGGGAUCUACGCUCGUCUCCAAAACCGCAAUUCUCUCUUCCAUCGCCGGCCUCUCAGUGGCUGCCAUCUCCAGUGAACUCUACGUCCUGAAUGAGGAAACACUGGUAGCCCUUAGCCUCCUCGCGACGUUUUACGGCAUCGCCCGUAUGGGUGGGCCAAUGUACACUGCUUGGGCAACCGCACAGGUCAACAAGAUUCGCGACAUCCUCAAUAGUGCUCGCGAGGACCAUACACGUGCCGUCCGGGACCGUAUCGAGAGCGUGCAGCAGAUGAGUAGUGUCGUGGAAGUUACACGGGGGCUUUUCGAGGUCUCGAAGGAGACAGCGAGGCUCGAGGCUACGGCUUUCGAGCUCGAGCAGAAGACUGCAUUCGCCGCCGAGGCUAAGAGUGUUCUUGAUAGUUGGGUCAGGUACGAGGCGCAGGUUAAGCAGAGGCAGCAGAAAGAGUUGGCCGAAAGUUUGAUCGCAAAGGUUAAGAAGGAUCUGGGGGAGCCAAAGACCCUGGCCCAGAUUUUGCAACAGAGUGUUCAGGAUGUUGAGAGUAUGAUA